AGAUCCCUCUACCUCGCUCAUCGCAAUCGCAAACCACAUAUCACCACCUCCAGAAUCAACAAAAAGAUCCUGGACCAGGAUAGACGCCAGAUUGUCGACAGAGCUGCAAUAGUUCUUGCUCUGUGAGGCGACCCGAGAAUUCAUCUCAGCGGCCUGUCUACCAACCACAUUUUGCUGAGACUUUCUCUAUACCCUCAUCUCUCGACACGGCACGACCUCAACAAGCUCGCCAGCAAACCCCGAGUCAGCUAUUACGCAGCUUAUUGAACAUAGAUCUCGUUACUUAGGCGUUAUUCCUGUCCUCAUAUCCUAAAGUGUUGUCAUACCCCGUUUGGUCGGUAGACAGACAAGACACAACACCAACACCAAACACAACUCCAAAACCAGCCUCCCACUAUCGUCAUGAGUGGCUCCACGUCGGACGAGGUGAUAUGGCAGAUAAUUGGCCAAUCCUUCUGCGCUUUUAAGAUCAAAACAAGCAAAGCUCAGACAUUUUGCCGUAAUGAGUACAAUGUUACAGGCCUCUGUAACCGUCAAUCAUGUCCUCUCGCAAACGCGCGAUACGCUACGGUCAGGGAAGACGCUGGCAAGCUUUUCUUGCUGGUCAAAACGCCAGAAAGGAGCCACCUCCCAAGCAAACUUUGGCAACGUUACAAACUACCGAACAACUACUCCAAGGCUUUGUCUACUAUAGACGAGAAGCUUAUAUAUUGGCCCAGUUUUCUCAUUCACAAGUGCAAACAACGUCUCACCCGCUUGACACAAGUUCAAACUCGCAUGCGCCGUAUUGCCGCCGAGGAGGAACGCUUGGGUGAAAAGCUUGUACCUAAGAUGGCGCCCAAGAUCAGACACCGUGAGCAGGCUCGCGAGCGCAAGGCCGAGGCUGCUGCUAAGCUGGAACGAACCAUUGAGCGCGAGCUUGUUGAGCGUCUUCGACAGGGUGCUUACGGUGACCAGCCCCUCAAUGUCAGCGAGACCAUCUGGAAGAAGGUUCUCAACGCCAUGGAGCGUGAUGGCGAGGGCCACCGUGACAAGGACAUGGACAAGGGUCUUGACGAGAACGGCGAGGAGGUCGAAUGGAGUGAGGAGGAAGACGACAACCUGGAGAACCAGGUUGAGUACGUUUCUGACAUUGAAGAGAGUGAGGAGGAGCUCGGCGACCUUGAGGACUGGCUCGACAGCGACAACGACGAGGAGGAUGAAGAUGAGGACGGUGAUGACAGCGAAGAGUCCGAGACCGAGAAGUCUGGCAAUAAGCGAAAGCGUGGACGUGCUAUCAAGAUGAAGAACAAGAAGCCCAGACAGGAGGAGAAGGAGAAGCUGAUGCUCACCAACGAUCUCACGUGGUAAUUGACGGCCUCAAGAAUCAAGCCUCGGCGUUUGAGGAGUUAGCUUUUUGGAAGGUGGAAAAAGGGGUUACGAAGGGUGAAAAUGCAUACAUCAAUGUGUUCCUCUAUCUGAGGAUAUUCACAGCAAUAUGCUUCAUUUUUUCUGAGCUUACUUGCUUGGUAAUGCACGGAUACCAAAUAGACUGUCGCUGUUUUUAUUUUAAUUCGAAUUUGUUUUAUUUGAAUGUUUGCUCUUACACGUAGAUGCGUCCUAUCAUAAUGAGAGGCUCUGUUGAGACAAGCUUCAUGCAGACUUUGCUCCACUCUCAAGUCCUACCCGCUUACCUUGCAAUGCCC